AUGAAGAUGCAGGCUUAUAAUAACUUGUCGUUGGGUGCAGCGUACUUUUGGAUGCUGAUGAUAAUCAUAACAACGAGCUGCAGCUUAUUUGAGUCCACAAAUGGUGCUGCGCCUGCGUACAGCAUCAACGUGGCGCGCUACGGUGCAAGAUCAGACGGCAAAAGCGAGGCGAGCAAGGCGUUCAUGAAGGCAUGGUCAACGGCGUGCCACUCGGGGAGGCCGGCGGUGACAAUAUACGUGCCGCGAGGGCUUUACAUGUUGAAAAAUGUGGUGUUCACAGGGCCAUGCAGGAGCAGGAUUGUUUUCCAGAUUGAUGGCACGCUUCUUGCACCAUCCAACUAUUGGGAGCUGGGAAGCUCAGGGUUUUGGAUUUUGUUCCACAGGGUUAAUAGGAUGUCCAUUCAUGGAGGCACUAUUGAUGCUAGGGCACAUUCUUUCUGGGCUUGUCGAAAAUCUCCCGGCAAUAAUUGCCCUCCUGGAGCAAGGUCAAUAGCGUUCUCGUGGUGCAGCAACAUAGUGGUAAGUGGGUUAACUUCAACAAACAGCCAGAUGAAGCACCUUACAUUUGACCAUUGCAACAAUGUGUUGGUUCGCAAAGUGAAGAUCAGAGCCCCAAGCUCAAGCCCCAACACCGAUGGCAUCCACAUCCAGUCUUCCUCGGCCGUCACCAUUCGCGGUGCCAACAUUAUGACCGGCGACGACUGCAUAUCUGUCGGCGCAGGGUCCCGCAACCUUUGGAUGGAGAGAGUCACUUGUGGUCCUGGUCAUGGAAUAAGCAUAGGGAGUCUAGGGGAUUAUGCAAAUGAAGAAGGGGUCCAAAAUGUAACGGUAACAAGUUCUACCUUCACAAAGACUCAAAAUGGGGUAAGGAUUAAGUCGUGGGCCAGACCCAGCAAUGGGUAUGCUACUGAUAUUGUGUUCCAGAAUUUGAUCAUGAAUAAUGUCUACAACCCCAUCAUCAUCGAUCAAAAGUAUUGCCCCGGUAACCAAGGUUGUCCUCAUCAGAGCUCAAGCGUGAAGAUUAGCAGCGUGACAUACAAGAAUAUAGUGGGAACAUCGGCAACAGCAGUCGCAAUGAAUUUGUAUUGCAGUAAGAAUAAUCCAUGCCGGGGGAUCAAAUUACAAGACAUAAAGCUUACUUAUCAUACAAGGUCCCCAACUUCUGUUUGUGUCAAUGCUCGCGGCACCAGUAGCGGAGUUGUCAUACCAAAGAGUUGUUUAGGGAGGAACUAUUAA